UUGACGUUUCAGCUGUGCGCUAUGGGUUGAUUAUUUUUGGAUUUUAGUGUAAUAAAAUAUGGCUCAAUUGCUUUAUGUCAUUGCUAGCUUACAUGUUGUAUUAUGCCCAUUUACAAAAGUCGAAGAAAGUUUCAACAUACAAGCAUUUCACGAUAUUUUAUAUCAUCGACAUAACCUCUCACAGUACGACCACAAUGAGUUCCCGGGAGUGGUGCCGCGAACAUUCGUCGGGCCGCUUAUUAUUUCGACUCUGUCGGCGCCUAUGGCCGCAAUUUUUCAUCUGUUUGGGAUAAAUAAGUUUUGGAUGCAGUAUGUUGUUCGUCUAGUAUUAGCAUUGACAGUAAUCGGAGCAUGGACGCGGCUGAGGAACACGCUACAGAAACAGUUCGGGAACACAUUCGCCUGGUGGUUCACUUUGAUAACAGUGACUCAGUACCACUUCAUGUUUUACAUGAGCCGUCCACUACCUAAUAUCCUAGCAUUGCCCCUUGUGUUGCUAGCCUUUGAAGGAUGGAUCUCGGGCAAGCACAAGCAGUUCCUAGUGUCUGCGGGAGCCAGUAUGAUCAUCUUCAGGUCAGAGCUGGCGGUGCUGUUUGGGCUGUUUCUUAUCAUUGACUUGUACUUUAAGAAGCUUGACUUCAAAACGUUGCUCAAAAUAGUGCUACCGGCGGGCGCGGGCCUGGUGGCGCUGACGGUGGCGGUGGACUCCGUGUUCUGGGGGCGCCUGCUCUGGCCCGAGGCGCAGGUCUUCUGGUACAACACCGUGCUCAACAAGAGCUCCAACUGGGGUACCUCCCCAUUCCUCUGGUACCUGUACUCAGCGCUGCCUCGCGGCCUUGGGCCGAGUUUACUCCUAGCGCCGCUCGGCGCGUACCUAGACAAGCGAAUGGUGCAACUGGUCGCGCCGGCCCUCGUCUACGUAUUGCUCUACUCGAUGCUGCCGCAUAAAGAGCUGCGGUUUAUCAUAUACGUGUUCCCGCUGUUCAAUAUGGCGUCUGCUGCGGCCUGCUCUUACAUAUUCACUCGCCGAACGAAAGCGCCGAUCUUCGAGCUCCUUUUCUGGGGCACCAUCGUAGUGGUUGUCGGCAACGUGAUGCUCUCCAUCGCCUUCGUGUCCGUGGCCAUGACCAACUACCCAGGCGGGGUCGCCAUGACGAGAUUCCACAAACUUCUGAAGAACGAACCAUACGUCCACGUACAUAUCAGUAACUUGGCAGCACAAACCGGCGUAACCAGGUUCACAGAGAUUCACAACCAUUGGCAGUACAGCAAAAACGAAUCUCUCGACGCAGAUCAGUUACAAGAGUAUACCCAUCUCUUAAUAGAAGCUAAGAGUAAAUAUUCACCAAAUCUGAAGUCAUUCACACAUACGCAUACCGUUCUAGAAGGUAUAGAAACGUUUUCUGCAGUGUCCCUAAAUUAUAAACUGAUACCUCCAAUAAAAAUAAAAACUCGGCCAGCUCUGUUCAUUCUACAGAGGAAAGAUUUCCGUGAAUAUCCACAUGGUCAUAAAGCCCAUAUUGUCAGUAGUGCUAGAGAAGAACCAGAUUUAAGCAGCCCUCCAGAUGACAGUAUGUAUAAUGAAUUAGAAACAGAAUAUACAGAUAAUGGUAGUUCUGAAUCUGAAGGUAUAGAUGAAGAACAAACUAUUGAAGAAGAACAGGCAGCGGAAAUUGACGAGCCAAUUAUUAAAGAAGACAAUAUUGCUGAGCCUGAGGAAGAAUCUCCUGUAGAAGACAAGGCGGAAACCGAUACAAAUGACCUACAAAUUGAAGAAAUCAUCGAGGAAACAGAAUAUUUAGCGAAUGUUCAAGAAAUCGAAGAAAAAGACGAAGUUAGUAAAAAAGUAAAGGUUAAGAGGGCAAUUGAAGAGUUGAAAAGUUUAAGAAAAGAGAAGAAACGAAAAGCUAUAGCGAAGAUAAAAUCAGAAACACGAAAGGAGGUUGUGGCGUCUGCGAAAGAAAAACUUAGAGAGUUGAUGAAACGGCACAAAAAGAUCGCGGAAGAACUCUCCGAUGACAAUUUUGGUGCCGAGGAACAUAUAGUUGAAGCAGAUGGCAGAGGCGACAUACCAGAGGAAAUACAGGAAACCGUCGUGGACCAGCAAACCCAAGUUGAAGCUGAAAAUAAAGUUGAACAGAAACAAGAUGUGACUGAAAAUAUAGUUAGUGAUGAAACGGCGGGCACAAAUAAAAAUAUAGACGAAAUAGUGGAAGAAGUUAUAGCUAGACUUAUAGAUAGGAAAAUAUAUGAUGAUAAAACGAAACCAGAAGAUAUCAAAGCCGAGGACAGGCAAGUGAUCCAACAGAUAGUGGAAGAGAUCUUGGCAGAGAAAAUGAAUUAUACUAGAUUUGAUCAGUAAUUGUUCUUAGUAGGUAUUUACUGAUAUUGUUACAGUUACUAAUUUGAUCUCUAAAAUAGUUAUCUAACGGAUUCAUACAUUCAGCAAAAUUUAAGAUACGUAGCCUCAGUUCGAAUGCUUCCAUCUAGAGGUUUAUUAUAGUUACACAAUUUGUGAACGUUUGUACCGUAAUUCCUUGUUAUACAGUGCAUUUUACAUGUAACAGCAUUUUUUCUAAUACGUAGCAUUUUAUAUUAAUGCAAUUUUACUGUUAUAAUUUAAUGGUAAGAAAUCUAGUCACAUAUCCGAAAAAAAUAACUGUUUUAUUUAUUGAAUUUGCCGUGGUGUAUUUAUUAUUAAGAUUUUUCUUAUUGUAAAUAAAACGAUUAAUAUUUAUGAGACAUUUAUUUUUCUUAAUUUUAAGUGCAUUGAAUUAUUUGCUUACAUCGAUAAUAAGAAUAACGAUUAUCAGUAAUCUAAUCAGUCUAAUAAGGCAUAAGAAGUACAUAAUGCACAGGUACCGUGAUUGAAGUCGUACGGGUUAGCUCUGCCUGGACGCCUAGAUUAUACAGAGUGCAAUUUAAACUUACAAAUUAGUUUCGAACCAUUUCUAUCAGAUUAAAAACAACAUGUAGAACACUGUUGUCUAUAGACACCUUGAGCCAGUUUUUUGGCUCAAUUUUCGAAAUAGUAAAGACCUUACACUGUCGUAUUUUGAACGCCGCCGUAUAAUGAACACUGGAUAAUGGCGUAUCUGCGUAGUCUAGCAACAGCCAUAGAGUUGACUAUACGUCGACGUUCGGGAAACGCAUAGGCUAUCUCGUAAUAUUGGGUUUUCAUAUGCCAGUAGAAGUGGAACUUAUACUUUAUUUACUGUGCCAUAAGGUUUUCGACUUGUCAGUUCACCGCGUAGACGGUGAUAGAAAAAUGGCCGGAGCACGAACUCGUAUGCGCGUUAUAUAGCCAACCAUUUAGUUUGCAUUCGAUUAAGAUUCGAUUCGCUUGCGAGUUCUCACACCGUCUAAAUAAAACCCAAUUUAAAACAGUUGGCAGUAAAGAUUGCUUCGCAAAACCAAAAACAUCUUAUAAAGUACUUACACAUAAAAAAAGUCUGAAACAUGAAUCGACUGAUGGUUCUAUAAUCUAUAUUAAAUAUGUUAUAAAUGCCUAUCAACACUGACUAGAAAUAAAAUACUAUGUGGACCCUAUGGCCACUGCAUGAAUUUCUUCAGUGACGUAAUUAUUGAACAUUUCUAAACAAAACUAAUCUGGUUAAGAGCGCUAUGACAAAAAAUGGCGAUAUAUUGUAAAAUUCGCAAUAUUCAACGAUAAAAUUGUACACUUUACCCAUACUAAAUAGUAUUUUAUGCAACAGGCGUUUAAAGAAGGUCAAAAA